AUGGUGACACCGACCAGCACUUCCACAGGGCUCACAGCCACAACUACCAGCGCCUCAACAGAGCCUACAGCCACAGCUACCGGCACCUCCUCAGGGCCCACAUUGACACUGACUGGCACCUCCACAGACACCAAGACCACAGAUACCGCCACCUCCACAGGCACCACGGCCACAGCUUCCAGCACCUCCACAGGGCCCACGGUGACACCAACCAGCACUUCCACAAGGACCACAGCCACAGCUACCAGCACCUCCAUAGUGCCCACGGUGACACAGACCGGCACCUCCACAGACACCAAGACCACAGCUACCGGCACCUCCACCGGCACCUCCCCAGGGCCAACCAGCACUUCCACAGGUCCCAUGGCCACAGCUACCGGCACCUCCACAAGGCCCACAGCCACAGGUACCAGCACCUCCACAGGCACCUCUGCAGGGCUGACCAGCACCUCCACAGGUCCCACGGCCACAGCAACCGGCACCUCCACAGGGCCCAUGGUCACAAUGACCGGCACCUCUGCAGGGCCCACGGUGGCACCAACAGGUACCUCCACAGGGCCCACAGCCACAGCUACCGGCACCUCCACAGGCAUCUCCACAGGGCCAACUAGCACCUCCACAGGGCCCACUGUGACACCGAGCAGCACCUCCACAGACACCAAGACCACCGAUACAGCCACCUCCACAGGCCCCAUGGGCACAGCUACCGGCAUGUCCACAGGGGCCACGGUCACACCGACUGGCACAUUCACAGACACCAAGACCACAGAUACUGCCACCUCCGCAGGCACCUCUGCAGGGCCGACCAGCACCUCCACAAGUCCCGCGGCCACAGCUACCGGCACCUCCACAGGGCCCACGGUGACACCGACUGGCACUUCCACAAGACCCACAGCCACAGCUACCGGCACCUCAACAGGGGCCAUGGUCACACCAACUGGCACCUCCACAGACACCAAGACCACAGCUUUCGACACCUCCACAGGCACCUCCGCAGGGCCGACCAGCACCUCCACAGGACCCAUGGCCACAGCUACCGGCACCUCCACAGGGCCCACGGUGACACCAACCAGCACUUCCACAGGGCCCACAGCCACAGCUACGAGCACCUCAACAGAGCCCACGGCCACAGCUACCACCACCUCCACAGGCACCUCCGCAGGGCCGACCAGCACCUCCACAGGACCCAUGGCCACAGCUACCGGCACCUCCACAGGGCCCACGAUGACACCAACCAGCACCUCCACAGGGCCCACAGCCACAGCUACCGGCACCUCCACAGGGCUCACGGUCACACCGACCGGCACCUCCACAGACACCAAGACCACAGCUACCGGCACCUCCACCGGCACCUCCGCAGGGCUGACCAGCACCUCCACAGGUCCCAUGGCCACAGCUACCAGCACCUCCACAGGGCACACGGUGAUACCGACCAGCACUUCCACAGGGCCCACAGCCACAGCUACCGGCACCUUGACACACCCUACAGCCACAGCUACCGACACCUCCACAGGGCCCACAGUGACACCGACCGGCACCUCCACAGAUACCAAGACCACAGAUACAGCCACCUCCACAGGCCCCACGGCCACAGCUACCGGCACGUCAACAGGGCCCAUGGUCACACUGACCGGCACCUCCGCAGACACCAAGACCACAGCUACUGGCACCUCCACAGGCACCUCAGCAGGGCCGACCAGCACCUUCACAGGUCCCACGGCCACAGCUACCAGCACCUCGACACAGCCUACGGCCACAGCUACAGACACUUCCACAGGGCCCACGGUGACACUCACCGGGACCUCCACAGACACCAAGACCACAGAUACAGCCACUUCAACAGGCCCCAUGGCCACAGCUACUGGCAUGUCCACAGGGCCCACGGUGACACCGACCGGCACCUCCACAGACACCAAAACCACAGCUACCAGCACCUCCGCAGGGCCAACCAGCAUCUCCACAGGUCCCACGGCCACAGCUACCAGCACCUCCACUGGGCCCACGGUGACACCAACCGGAAAAUCCACAGGGGCCACAGCCACAGCCACAGCUUCCAGAACCUCAGCAGAGCCUAUGGCCACAACUACUGACACCUCCACAGGGCCCACGUUGACAUCAACCGGCACCUCCACAGGGCCGACAGCCACAGCUACCGGCACCUCCACAGGCAUCUCCACAGGGCCGACCAGCACCUCCACAGGGCCCACAGCCACAGCUACCAGGACCUCGACAGAGCCUACGGCCACAGCUACCAACACCUCCACAGGGCCCACUGUGACACCGACCGACACGUCCACAGACACCAAGACCACAGAUACAGCCACCUCCACAGGCCCCAUGGCCACAGCUACCAGCACGUCCACAGGGCCCACGGUGACACUGACUGGCACCUUCACAGACACCAAGACCACAGAUGCCACCACCUCCGCAGGCACCUCCGCAGGGCCUACCAGCCCCUCCACAGGUCCCACGGCCACAGCUACCAGCAUGUCCACAGGGCCCAUGGUGACAGCGACCGGCACUUCCACAAGGCCCACAGCCACAGCUACCGGCACAUCCACAGGGCCCACAACAACACCGACUGGCACCUCCACAGGGACCAUGGCCACAUCGACCACCAUCUCCACAGGGACUGCAGCCACACUGACCAGCACCUCCCCAGGGACCAUGCCCACAGCUCCUGGGACAUACACAUGGCCGACAGCCAGAACAACUGGUGCCUCCUCAGAGACCAUGGCCACAGCUACCGGGACCUCGUCAGAGCUCACUGCCACAUCUACUGGCACCACCUCACAGCCCACGGCCACAACUCUCGGGACCUCCUCAGGGCCCACAGACAUGGCUGCGACCAGCAACACAGAGCCUAUGACCACAGCCACCCUGAGCACAAAACCCAUUCCCACUGGCAGUGCUAACAUCAUGACCUCCCCUAGCAUUACCAUUACCCUGACCACACCUAUCACCCCCUCCACCACAAUCACUGCCACUACCCUUGCCAUCAUAUGCCUGAACGGUGGCACCAGUGACGGCAACAAGUGCCUCUGCCCUGGGGGCUUCUAUGGCCCCUUGUGUGAGAACCCUGUCUGCCAGAAUGGGGGCACCUGGAGCACCGGUGAGUGCCUCUGCCCCACCGGCUUCCAGGGCCUCGAGUGUGAGUUCACCAAGGAGACCAUUGAGGUCAAGCCCGAGGUCAAUGCCACAGUGGAGGUCCAGACCAAGAUCACAAACCGCAACUUCACCGAAGACCUCCAGGACAGCACGUCCACAGCCUACAAGGACUUCACCAGAGAGUUCACAGAGAAGAUGGCCCAGCUCUACAAGGACAUCAAAGGCUACCAGGGAGUGAAGAUCCUUGGCCUGAAGAAGGGCAGCAUCGUGGUAGACUACGAGGUCAUCCUGGUUCUACCCAUCAACUCCAAGCUGAACACAAGCUUGAACAACAUCACUGAGGAGCUGGUCACAGCCGUGAAGGCAGCGGCAGAGUCUGAGGGCCAGAACUGCCACAUCCAGAAUACAACUCUCUGCUUCAAUGCCUCAAGCACCUUCGUGGGCAAAACCACUGUGGAGGAGGUCACUAGCACAGCUUUCUGCAGGAGCCGCGUCCCAGCCAAUUUCAGCGCCUAUUACAUGCCUCUGCUGGUGUCCGAGAACAGACUCCUGUGCGUGUCCCGCUGCCACCGCAACGCCUCCGACCACCUCAACUGCCACCACGGUGCCUGCCAGGUCACACGCCAGGGCCCCCAGUGCUUCUGCUUGGACCCCGUGGUCUACUGGUAUCCGCAGGCAAACUGCCAGAGGCCCAUCAACAAGUUUGCGCUGGGGCUGGGGGUGCCCCUCGCUGUCCUGACCCUCCUCGUCCUCGUCCUCACCGCCUUCUUCAUCAGGGCCCGCAGGAAGAGACAUGAAGAGAGCUGGAGAGAGCAGCACAUGUAUGAGGACAACAAUGACAUGUGCUCAGUGCCAGGCACCUUCACACUGCGCAACCUGGGACCCACUGAUGACUCCGAGAGCAGCGGGUCCUUCCACGUGGAUCUGCAAUCUGUGGACACCUCCCAGCCGGUGCAUAUCCAGCGGCCGGUGAACAUCAGCCAGCUGUGAGCGCCACGACUCCAGCUGCCCCCCAACGCUGACCUUGAACUACCGGGCAGCCACAGGCCAUGUGGAACCUGCGGGGAGAAGAAUCCCUCCCAGCCCUGAGGGCUCCAGGGGGAACAAGCUCUUGCUCUGCUGCCUCAAAGAACAAAGAACUGCCUUGUCCAGCCCUGGCCUGGACUGGAAACUACCCAUGAUCCCUCCCUGGCUCCCACGGGCAUGAAUUAAGAAGUGAGGUCACAGAUCCAUUUGCCCACUGGGUGGGGCUUGACUGCUGCGAGGACGGCAUAGACCCCACGCCCAGGCUGCAGGCUGUUCCCAGCUCAGAAGGACUCUGCUAGCGCAAUAGCACCGUAACAUCUCACGUACAACACGCCUAGCGCCGUAUCAUCUCACAUACAACAAGUCUAGCUCUGUAUUGUCCUGCAUACAUCACAUCUAGCACUGUAUCAUCUCAUGUACAAGACACCAAGCACCAUACUGUCACACAUACCUCAUGCCUAACACCGUAUUGUCCCACAUACAGCACGUCUUGCACUGUAUCGUCUCACUUACAUGUUUAACACAAUAUCUUCUAAUGUACAACAUGCUUAGCACUGUAUCAUCUCACGUACAUCAUGCCUGGCACCAUCACAUGUACAACACGCUUAGCACCAUACCAUCUUGCAUAUAAUACGCCUAGUGUCAUAUUAUCUCACAUACAUGCCAUGAUUACACCACACACCUUGAUUUUGAAAGGCAUGAUGAAGAAAAAAUAAAAGGCCCUCAUGGAGUUGUGGUUUCACAGAGCACAGACAGUGCUUAACUUAAGCUGAAUGCCUAAAUGCUACUGAAGAUGGAUUGGGGGCUACAAGCUAGAAAAGAGCUAGAAAAAGUGACCAAGACAAUGGAACAGUCCUGAGAAUAAAAGGUUGCUUGAUGAACCAGGACUGUGGGGAAGGAGAGAGGGUCAUUAAAGCCUCUGGAGUGAAGAGCAAGGAGUCAAUGGACACCCUCUGCUGCCUGGAUAGUAAUACUGCUGCCAAGGGUGGGGGAGGGGGAGAAUCAGAGUCACAGGCUUCUCUCCUUGGCAGGGCGUAAGGCUUAAUACUUGCACCCCAAUUGCUGCUGAUCUUGGGGUGGGGGGGGGAGUGCAUGUUGUAUGCUGGCAAUUAUGGUACCUGGCUUUCCUCCCCAGGAGAACUCCGGAUGUGCUUCUCUGUGUCCCUGGGGGCUGUGGAAUGAAGUCCCCGUGUCAUCCAGCUCCUGCCCCCAUCAGGAUACA